AUGGCAGCAGGCGAUAUACCCCCAGGCCGUCCUGGCAACCUCACCUCAGAACAGGAGGAAAGUCUUCGUAAACUAUGGGCUUUAGUAUUGCGGAUCUGCAACGUCGGUGACGGUGAGCUUGACCACGACUUGCCGCAUAUUCAGGCCCGCUCCGCGUCCUCUGAGUUGGCAACUGAAAAGGCUAAGAAGAAGAAGCCUUCUUUCUUUAGUCGCCGCGGCAACAUAGCCUCUCACAAUGAGACGGCUGAUUCUCCCAUUUCUGAGGUAGCGGCUGCUGGAAAUCCCGACUUCGACGAUAAGUACGGACAAAAUAAACAGUUUCAUGAAACCAUCGCGCGCCAAUCUCCCGAAUCUAUCCGGGAUACAAUAUGGAGCAUGGUGAAGCAUGAUGACCCCGAUGCCCUACUUUUGAGAUUCUUGAGAGCUCGCAAAUGGGACGUGGAGAAGGCACUGGUGAUGCUCAUCUCCACCAUGAAUUGGAGGGCGAUGGAGAUGCACGUUGAUGAUGACAUCAUGAAACAUGGAGAAGCCGCCGCAGUAGAAGCCGAGACCAGCGGCGAUGAGUUUUCAAAGAAGCUGGGUCACGGUUUUCUAGCACAGAUGCGCAUGGGUAAAAGCUUCUUGCACGGUUCUGACAAGGAAGGUCGGCCGAUUUGUUUCGUGAGGGUUCGACUCCACCGACAGGGCGAGCACGCCGAGGAAGCCCUGGAAAGGAAUACCGUUUAUAUCAUAGAAACGGCCCACGAUAAUAUUCGACAUGACGGGCUUCUCGCUGGCCAACAUGAUCGUCUCCUAGAGACGAGGCGAGGACUUGUCGAGGAAUAUGAGCGUGCGACCCAGAGUUGGGCACAGAGCGCCACUCCUGCCGAAGCCCAAGGCCACCAAGCGGCGCGGGCAACAACCGCUGAGAGGCUUCGGACAAAUUAUUGGGAGCUAGACCCAUAUCUAAGGGCUCGCUCACUCUAUGAUCGACUUGGAAUGAUCAAGAGCGGCGGUAUGAUUGAUCUUUACCCAGCUGCAGCGGGCACUAGCGCUAGCGUUGUGGCUCACGAACCCUCCGCAGAUGAUGUGGACUAA